AUGUUAGCCCUCCAGGAUUUCGUACCAUUGACUUGUGGAAUCCUCGAAAGUUUCCCAGACCCUCCACGCAAUUCUAUCCCAGACACGGAUCGAUCAUGGUUCUUCUACCUUGCUGAAAUUGCUCUUCGGAGGCUUGCCAAUCGAAUCAUGGCAUUCAUCUCCAAAAGCUUAGACUUGAGUACCCCUCGAGGAAUACAAAUCGCGUAUGAUAGUGCUGCUGAAUUCGAGCAAGAAGCACAAGACUGGAUCCAGUCGUUGCCUUCUCCCAACGAGUUAGAAAGAUAUCAAGAUGACGUCUUGAACUUCAUCCUCAAAGGACAUCUUCUGAAUUGUUACGAGCUAAUGUACUGGCCUUUCGUGAAGCAUGCAAUAAAUGGAGGUCAACGGGACUUGGCAAGUGAUGACUACGUUAAGAAGGGACUCCAAAUCGCUGCCGAUCGUAAUGAGAUUAAUCAGCCAGGCUUUAAGCAUAGACAUCAUGGGACAUAUGGUAUGAUUAGGAGCGUUACGAGGAGCACUUUUGUCCUCCUUGCUGCUCGUCAGAGUUCCCGAUUGCAGGAUUUUAUGCCAGUGGAUUGGUUCGACUUACUGCCUAGUGUUGAUCAUUUGCUGGAGUUCUGGGAGGACGAAAUACCCGCCGCCUUUACUUGGAGGGGUAUGAGGAAGUUACUAGUUGAGCAAGCACGGAAUUGA